AGGGGCAGCAACAUGGCUGCGCCCAUGUGCGCGUCCGUGGCACGGCCGGAGCAGGGGCUCUAGCCCCGUUCUGUGGCGGAGGGUAGACGGGUCGUGCUGCGCUGUGUGCCCGUCCCGUACCGCUACCCGUCCAUGGAGCCGCGGGAGUCCUGGGCGGCCUUGGCGGCUGGUGGAGUUGCUGGUGUCUGUGUUGACUUGAUCCUUUUUCCUUUGGAUACUGUAAAAACAAGACUGCAGAGUCCUCAAGGCUUUAGGAAGGCUGGUGGUUUUCGUGGCAUCUAUGCUGGUGUUCCUUCUACUGCUAUAGGAUCAUUUCCAAAUGCUGCUGCGUUUUUUAUCACCUAUGAGAAUGUGAAAUCCGUACUGCACCAUGGCUCUGCAUCCUGCUUGGCUCCAGCAACACACAUGGUGGCUGCCUCCCUUGCUGAAGUGGUUGCCUGCCUCAUACGGGUUCCAUCCGAGGUAGUCAAACAAAGGGCCCAGGUUUCUCCUUCCUCGAGUACCCUCCAGAUUCUCUCCCGCACCUUGUAUCAUGAGGGUAUUCAAGGACUUUAUCGGGGUUACAAAAGCACAGUAUUAAGAGAGAUUCCUUUCUCUCUGGUACAGUUUCCCCUCUGGGAGUCCUUAAAGGAUCUCUGGUCAUGGAAGCAGGGUCACGUGGUGGAUUCUUGGCAGUCAGCAGUCUGUGGAGCUUUUGCAGGUGGAUUUGCAGCUGCAGUCACCACACCUCUCGAUGUAGCGAAGACCAGAAUUAUGUUGGCAAAGCUUGUUUGCAGGUGUUGUCCCACGGAUGGCAGGGAUCAGCCUGGGAGGCUUCAUCUUCCUGGGGACAUACGAGAAGACUCGGCAGCUGCUGCUCUGACACAGCCACGUCCUGCUGGAGAGGAUGCUGAGGAGGAGUCCACCCAUGGAUGCAGCUUUCCUCCUGCAGCCCCUUACCCACGCUGCAGCAGCUGUUGAGCCACUUUCAGUGCCACAGAAGAGUAAAUCCUCCAAUAAUCCAACUUCCCAAAUGAGGAAUUUUCCUGCAUGGAAAGCGAGUGAGGUCACUGCGAGAGUCCUGCCAAAACAGUGGGGUCUGGGGGGGUAUCACCAGCCAAUUACAGUGGCUGAGAGCAGCGCUGUGAGAACUCCUGCAGGGAAAGGGGUUUGUGAGCCUGGAGGCUGAAAUAAAGCGAGUUUUCAUCAUUCAGUGGCACCUGCCUUGU